GGACGGAAACAGUCUAUCCAAAUUUGCGCGGGUUAAGUCGGCUGUCAUUUUCUUCCCGGUUCCCGACUACAAUAACAUAAACAAAAAGGCCACUUCGUAUCGCUUGGAUAACCCGGAAUAAUGUCCAAGCGAGAUGUGUUUUUAGAGGCUACCUCUAAGGAAAAGGUGGAGGACUUUCUUCGCUUUAUUCAGCUUCAUAAGGACAAAACCGAGCCCUUCGAUGUUGAAGAGGUGGUCCAGGAGAUGCCCAGAGAGCAGAGGGAGGCUCUCUGGGGUCAGCUGGACUCGCUCCUCCAGGAGAUUCUGACGGAUUUACCUCCAGGUCGCUGGGAGGAGGACGCGAUGCAGCAGGAGUCGGCGCCGGAUCCUAAGCACGUCAUGGCGGUGGUGGACGGUGUUACCCUGGUGGCUGCUGUGUCUCUGAAGGUCUUACAGGACGGAGACACGUACGGUGCACUUUUAGAUAUCGCCUGCAGGCUUCAUGAUGUUUUGGUGUCCCUCCCCGUGUCCGAGGCGCCGCUGCAGCUCCGCAUACAGACGCUGUUUGAAACCUGGUGGAAGAAGGAACUGCUGGAGAGGGAAAAGUUUGGGCGCGCUGCUUUCCUCAUCUCCCUCCAGAAGAGCUUCAUCCUAAAGAAACCGGCUGCUGAGAUCCAGAGGCUGUGGAGUCUUCACAACGUUCUUAAGAGUCUGGAGUACACAUCAGAACACAACAAGCAGAUAAUCGACUUGCUGCUUCAGUGCUUUCACCGUCCUACUCACAUUAGAAACGAUGAUGGAAAGCGAUUCCUGGUGUUCCUUUUCAGCUGGAACGUUGAUUUUAUCUGGCUUAUCCACGGCACCAUCAAAAACCAGCUGGAGUUUUAUCAAAAGACCCUAGCCACUCACAUCGCGGAGAUCUAUUUCAGAGCCUGGAAGAAGGCCAGCGGCGACUUCCAGGAGACGAUUGAGAGCACAUGCAUUCAGGAUUUCAUGCAGAAUGCCAUUUUGCUUCAAAGAACAUCACCGGUUCACAGCAAAGUUAGACAGAUCGUGAGCUAUUUUCACUCGAGGAAAGGAUGCCCCAGUGUAGACAAGAUGCUAUACAAACUCUACAAGCCGAUUCUCUGGAAGUCUCUCAGCGUUCCCAACUUUGAAGUGCGAGCAAACGCCACUUUGCUUUUCACCGAGGCCUUCCCGGUGCACGACCCGGAGCUAAGCAACGAAAACGUGGACAUGAACAUUCAAAAGCAGCUGGACUCGGCAAUGGCGCUCCUAGAUGACUCUCACCCCACUGUGCGCUCCAGUGCCACGCUGGGAGUCUGUAAGAUCCUGGCAAAGUGCUGGGAGCUCCUUCCGCCAACGAUCAUCACAGACUUCCUGAAGAAGCUGGUAACGGAGCUGGCCGCCGACAGCAGCUCUCCUGAUGUCCGCUGCUCAGUCUUUAAGUGCCUGAAUAUUGUCCUGGACAACCCACAGAGCCACCCACUGCUGGAAAAGCUGCUGCCCACCAUCAAGAACAGUCUCCACGACAACUCUGAGAAAGUCCGCACGUCGUUCAUCGACCUGCUCAUCAAGGUCAAAGCAGUCCGUGCUGCCAAGUUCUGGGAUGUCUGCAGCAUGGACCACCUGCUGGCCCGCCUCGCCAUCGACUCGCUUUCCGUCUCCAAGCGAAUCGUCGACCUGCUCUUCAAGUCCUUCUUCCCCGUCAACGAGCCGGAGAAGGAGUGGUGCUGCAGGUGCAUCACCCUCAUCCAGAUGAACCCCAUGGCUGCCAGGAAGUUCUACCAGUUUGCUCACAAACACACAGCUGCCACCAACAUCAUAAAACUGAUUCUGGCUAUUCGUCGAACUCUGAACAACUGCAUCCAGGUUGACUUUGACGUGACGGAGAUUAACGACAGCAAUAAGGAGAACAGCACACAGGGCGGACCGCUGGUGUUGGGACAGGACUUGUCCGUCGUGUCCAGUUUGCUGGAAGUCGUGGUCAUCCUGUGGAGAAGUGUUGAGAAGGCGCUGAAGCAAAACGAAGAGGCGCACAAGUACACAGUUGCCAAGUUUGGAAAUGUCAUGGCCAAGUAUUUCCAGGCUUUUGAGGAUGAGCGCUGCACUGUACCUCUAAUCCAACUGGCCUCUUGUAUGCCUCCAGCUGCAGCUCCAACAUUUAGCCGCGGCGUGCUGUCCAGACUGAGGAGGAUGGAGUCGGGAUCUGCUCCAGCUCAGUUCAGCCAGCUGCUGGACUGCGUCUGCAGCUGGGGUCAGGCGGCCGACGUCCUCGAACUGGUCUCUGAUUGGCUGGGCGAGGCCGUUCCCAAGCAAGGGGACAAGGCCGCUAAAAGCAGAAAGGUGCGAAUCCAGGAGACGGCGGAGGCCAAACCAGACCUGGCUCUGGCGUAUCUGGAAUACCUUUUCAGCCACACUUCCACACGGGAGAAAGUCCUGGCUGUGGGCGAGGGGCCCCUGAAGGAGCUGCACACGCUUUUAGGGAACUGGAAGUCGGUUCUCUACACUCACCUCAGAUCCUCCACUGAAGACCCAAAAAGACCCGAAGUGGAGACGGCGCUGAAAGCCUUCGUUUACCACGGUCGCCUCGGUGCUCAUCUCCAACAUCACUCGACAGCAGGUCGGGACUACCUGGUCUCCGUGGAGCGAGUGGCGGCGUGGGUCGCAGAGAAGAUCCUGCCCUUCCUCACCGGGAGCGACGACGGCGAGGUCUCGGAGGGGUCGCGGAAGCUCGCCACACAGAUAACCGAGAGCUUCCUGAAAGUGUGCCGAGACAUUUUCCUCGUCGGUUUGGGGGACGAGACGUUCAAAGGCCAAAUCCUCCACCUGUGCUCACUCAUCCUCCUCUCAGAGGCAGGCUACACGUGUAUCCCAGCAGUGCUUCCGAUUCUAAAGGAGGUGGCAAACAGCUUUGUGCCUGAUUAUAACGACCAGGAUCAGGAGUCCAACUUGGUCAUGUUGGGUGUGGUGGCCAACAUUUUCCAAAAGAUCAUAGAGUUGUUGGCACGUCGCCUGAGGAAAGAACCGGAAGAGGGACAGCUUCUGUGUCGGUCAGCCGUUCCCAGCCUGACGGACUUCCUCCAGGUGGCACAGACGUGGGAUGCGGCGCUUCGUAGCGGGGUGCACUCCACCGUGUUUGCGGCCAUCAUUGUGGAAAAGAGGCAUUUGCUUCAGAAGCUUACACAUCCUGAAGAGGUUGUCAUCCCGCAGUCUGUUGAUGAAAUGCCUCCUUUGUCCAGCUUACUGCUGUCUGUCAUCCUCAAAUCCCCCUCUAUCACAAGGUCAUUUUUGGCAGAGGUCUCGUCAUCUUUGGAGUCGGACGCCCUUGACAGUCUCUCUGAGCUGGCGGCAGUUCUGCACGUCUUGGCGGUCAUUAAACAAACGGGGCACUCCAAAGGCGGGAUAAAGAGAGCUGCCGUGUCUGUUCAGCAGCAUCUUCAUCAACAUGCAGGCUGCUCUGUGGACAGUAGAGAAACCCAGAGGGUUAUGUAUGACUCUUCAGUGAAGACCCUGAAUGCUCUUCUGCAUUUCUAAUCUUCCACAAAUUAAAAAUGAUGAGUUUGUGUGGCGUGUUUUUGUUUUUUUUACAUCUCGUCAUGCUCUUCAGAUUUUAACUGUAUCAACAUGUGGAGAAUUUAUAUGAAAAACUCUUCAGUUUUUACAUUUAUGAUAUUCACAAACUGACCCCGACAGUUUAGAGAUUUCUUGUUUUCCUGUACACUUUUCAAAGCUCUCAUUUUCUGUCUUCAUAUUUAAAACACAUUUUUGAUGUGUCUGUAUUUGUCUUCAUAUCUGUUGUGUUGUCAGCCCAAUUUUUAACUCUGAAAUAAAACAAACAGCUUGAUGGACAUUUA